AUGGCGCUGAAAGUUUCAGCAAAGGAAAGCAAGAAGCAGUCAAAGGAACCGACGAAACUCAAACCAGAAGACUUCUUCAGUACAGGAAGUUCCACAAAUAACACUACAAAGAAAAAGAGAGACAGAGAGAGCAAGUCCAGAUAUUCCACUGAUAGAAGCGGAGAAAAGAAAUCAUCCGCUACUGAUCUAAAAGAUGUGGAAUGCUAUGGAUGCAAGAAGAAUGGGCACUACAAGUCAGAAUGCCCUGAAUUGUCGCAGACUGAGCGCAAAGAGAUGAAGGCUAGGAGGGAUCGCAAGUAUGCGAAAAAGAAAGCGAUGGUUGCUGACGAUGCAAGAUCUUCCGAAUAUGCAUUAGAAUCAUCCGCCUUCAACUCCACCAGCUCAGAUGAUGAGAGUCAAGCCCUCAUGGCCAACGACACCAAAAGUGUGGCCGACAAUAGCUACGACAACGGAAUGAAUGGGCCAGAGGAGACAACUCAGAAUUUGGAGAUAGCUCAGUCAACGAGACUGAAGAGUAUGAUCAGCUCAUGA